UAUCCUUAUCAUAUCACAAAUAAUCUUCGCCCAACGGGCAACGACGCAGUGGAAAAAAGGGCAACCGGACUUUGAAAGCCCGCAAAUUUUUACGAUUCCAGUUCAGUUUAUUGUUUUCUGUAAUCUUAUAUCACCUUUUCAUCACUUUCCGAGGCUGCCUAAUCGUUGUGUAAACAUUCUGUAACAUUUUCAAUACAGGAAAUUCACAUAACCUUGUUUGCGAUUGUCAGAUGUAGGUUAGGUCGGUCGGCCGCAGUGCGGUGACCUCCCCUGCGGCACGUUUUGUAUGAUUUUUUCAGUUUUUCUUCAUCCGGGGGGUUCUGUGGGGUAUAAGUUCCAAGCCACAAUUUCGAAAAUUUAUUUAUCACGAAUUUACUACAGUACUGUGAUCUUUCUUUGUUACUUAACGUUCAUAUCAAGUAUUACCCUAUUAUGCGUGAAUGUAAUUUAGAAUAAUGGAUGCAACAUUUUCUUAAAUACUUUCCUCGAAUUUGAAUCUGUGAUAACUAACGGCAGUUGGAUUGAGUGUGUGAAAGCAAGAAUAAAAAUCAAGCAUAAUGGCGACACUCGCGGAGCAAGCGUCCAAACUAUUGGACUUUAACCAAAAGUUGGACAUAACGCUUCUAGACAAUAUAGUCGGAUGCAUGUAUACUGGGAUGGGUGAACAACAGCGCGUAGCUCAAGAGGUACUCACCACCCUCAAAGAACACCCAGAUGCAUGGACCCGCGUUGAUACCAUUCUAGAAUACUCACAGAAUCAACAAACAAAGUACUACGCACUACAGAUCUUGGAGCAGGUUAUAAAGACGCGGUGGAAAAUCCUACCGAGGAACCAGUGCGAGGGUAUCAAGAAAUACAUUGUUGGACUCAUCAUCAAGACUAGUAGCGAUCCGGAAACAAUGGAGGCUUCUAAGGUGUACCUGAAUAAGCUGAACAUGAUCCUUGUACAGGUUUUGAAACGAGAAUGGCCAAAGAACUGGGAAUCCUUCAUUGGAGACAUCGUGGGUGCUAGUAAAACCAACGAAAGUCUAUGUCAGAACAAUAUGGCCAUUCUGAAACUUUUGUCUGAAGAAGUAUUUGACUUUUCAAGUGGGCAGAUGACGCAAACCAAGGCUAAACAUUUAAAAGAUACAAUGUGCAGCGAGUUCUCGCAAAUAUUCCAACUUUGUCAAUUUGUGAUGGAUAAUUCACAGAACGUACCUCUAGUUGCCGUCACACUUGAAACUCUUCUCAGAUUUCUCAACUGGAUCCCACUUGGAUAUAUAUUUGAAACUAAACUCAUUAACACCUUGGUAUUCAAGUUUUUAAAUGUGCCGAUAUUCCGCAACGUUACAUUGAAAUGUUUAACUGAAAUUGCUGCUGUAACUGUAACAAGCUAUGAUGAAAUGUUCGUCGUUUUGUUUGCAAAUACAAUGCAACAAUUAGAGCAGAUGCUUUCCCUCGAAACAAACAUUCGUGAUGCAUACGCCGUAGGACAAGAUCAAGAGCAGAAUUUCAUUCAGAAUCUAGCUAUGUUUUUGUGCACAUAUCUGAAAGAGCAUGGGCCACUUGUUGAGAAAAAGCAAUUAAAUGAAACUCUGUUGAAAGCAUUACAUUACCUGGUUUUAAUAUCAGAAGUAGAAGAAGUUGAAAUAUUUAAAAUUUGCUUAGAGUACUGGAAUGGGCUAGCAGCUGAUUUAUACAGAGAAACUCCAUUCACUGCAGCAUCACCGUUGUUUAUGGCUAAAAAUAAUUUAGCCAUUCCACCUCGAAGACAAUUCUAUUGCCCUGUGCUAACAAAAGUUCGAUACAUUAUGAUCAGUCGUAUGGCUAAGCCUGAAGAAGUAUUGGUUGUGGAAAAUGAGAAUGGUGAAGUAGUCAGGGAGUUUAUGAAAGAUACGGACUCCAUUAAUCUGUAUAAAAAUAUGAGAGAGACUUUAGUCUAUCUAACGCAUCUCGAUUAUGUAGAUACAGAAAGAGUGAUGACAGAAAAACUACAGAAUCAAGUUAAUGGUACGGAGUGGUCUUGGAAGAAUCUCAAUACCUUGUGCUGGGCGAUUGGGAGUAUCUCAGGUGCGAUGCAUGAAGAAGAUGAAAAACGGUUCUUGGUGACUGUAAUUAAAGACCUAUUGGGUUUGUGUGAGCAAAAGAAGGGUAAAGAUAACAAAGCAAUUAUCGCAAGUAACAUUAUGUAUGUUGUCGGCCAGUAUCCAAGAUUUUUAAGAGCUCAUUGGAAAUUCCUGAAAACUGUUGUCAACAAGCUUUUCGAAUUCAUGCAUGAAACGCAUGACGGAGUACAAGAUAUGGCCUGUGAUACGUUUAUCAAAAUAGCAUUAAAAUGCAGACGACAUUUCGUAACUGUUCAAGCUGGUGAGGCACAGCCUUUCAUCGAAGAGAUACUGUCGACAAUCAGCAGUAUUAUUUGUGAUCUACAAACUCAACAGGUACAUACAUUCUACGAAGCAGUUGGCUAUAUGAUAAGUGCUCAAGUGGAUACAUUCGCCCAGGAGCAGCUUAUAGAAAAAUAUAUGCUUUUGCCUAAUCAAGUAUGGGAUGAUAUCAUUAGUCAAGCGUCCAAGAAUGUUGAUAUAUUGAAAAAUCAAGAAGCUGUAAAGCAGCUCGCUAGUAUCUUGAAAACGAACGUUCGGGCAUGCAAAGCACUUGGACACCCAUACGUUAUGCAGCUAGGAAGAAUAUAUCUAGAUAUGUUAAAUGUUUACAAGGUUAUGAGUGAAAAUAUAACUGCAGCAAUAGCUUUAAAUGGGGAAAUGGUAAUGAAACAGCCUUUGAUAAAAAGUAUGAGAGUUGUUAAGAAGGAGACGUUGAAAUUAAUCUCAGAUUGGGUUAGCAGAUCAAAUGAUCAUCAAAUGGUUUUGGAAAAUUUCAUACCUCCGUUAUUGGACGCAGUCUUGCUCGAUUAUCAGAAGACGAAUGUACAUUGCGCUCGAGAGCCUGAAGUGCUCAGCGCGAUGGCUACCAUUGUCAACAAAUUAGAAGGACACAUCACUAGCGAAGUGCCUAAAAUAUUUGACGCUGUUUUCGAAUGUACCCUUGAAAUGAUUAACAAAGACUUUGAAGAAUUCCCUGAACAUCGAACGAACUUCUUCCUAUUAUUGCAGGCAGUCAACAGCCACUGCUUCCCUGCGUUCCUAUCUAUUCCUCCGGCUCAAUUUAAGCUGGUUUUGGACUCGAUUAUUUGGGCAUUUAAGCAUACAAUGAGAAAUGUCGCAGAUACUGGACUGCAAAUCCUUUAUCAACUUUUGCAAAACAUCGAAGUACACGACCAAGCAGCACAGAGUUUUUAUCAGACAUACUUCACUGACAUCUUGCAACAUAUAUUUAGUGUUGUAGCAGAUACUUCCCAUACAGCUGGGUUAACGAUGCAUGCAACAAUUUUGGCGUAUAUGUUCACAUUAGUGGAAUUAGGAAGAAUUCACGUACCACUAGGUCCUCUGCCAGACAAUACGCUGUACGUGCAAGAAUUUGUAGCAAGUUUAUUGAGAGCUGCGUUUCCACACCUGAGUGAUAACCAAAUAAAGAUCACGGUGCAAGGCCUGUUUAAUCUUGAUCAAGACAUACCUGCAUUUAAAGAUCAUCUUAGGGAUUUCCUCGUUCAAAUUCGAGAAUAUACCGGCGAAGAUGAUACAGAUUUGUAUUUGGAAGAACGAGAAACAGCGCUGCGGAUCGCGCAGGAAGAUAAGAGACGACAACAAAUGGCAGUUCCAGGCAUCCUCAAUCCACAUGAAAUGCCUGAAGAGAUGCAGGACUGAAUUACCCACAGACCCCAUUACACCCCAACCAAUCUGAAUGAAAUGCGCUCUGCCGUAGAUACUACUGUAUCCUUUUGUCUGCAGCCGCCCCCACCACCACCAGAUACAUAUGAUAUACUUAACGAGCCAAGAAGUGUAAAAUAUUAUGCCUUUAAUGAGGUAAGCUAAGGCGAGAGGUGAUUGUUUGUUUGUCUGUUAUAGGAUUCGAGAUGAAAUUGAGUUUUUUGUUGUGGGUAAGAUGUGAAUGCCUGCUCGGCGACGCUAUUUCGUGUACCGGGGUUCAUAGUUGUACGAGAUUAAGUAUAAACGUGAUGAAUAAGAGGAAAGAGUUUUGGAUAAUGGUAUGAUCGGCAGUUUUUGUUCUCUCGCGCGUUUGCUAUUAAUAGUUGUUCAUAUACUUGUAUGCCUGUAUCAAUGACGUGGUAGUACCAUGUAAUUAGGAACAUUGGACUGUUUAUUUUUAUUAUGCUUUUGAAUGGUCUGAUAUAAAUUGAUGAAUGUUUUCGGUUUAGAGCCAAUAAGCGAUAUUUCUAUUGGGGUACUCUUUUUUCUCCCUCUAACUUGCCAGCAUCUAACUCGCCAAUCCCAACCAGGUAAAUUUUCCCGGACUGUUACGUUGCAUCUCUACAGUAGUAUUUUUAUAACUUAUGCUUUAUGAAAUAUAAUAAUUUAAUUCAGUUUUUCAUAUGGGUUCAGUGCUCUUCCCCGUAUUACCUUCUUCAACAAGACGGUAUAAAAAUUGGUAUUACUGUACAGCAUUUGUUAAUUCACUAGCAUCAUUAGUUUGUACAAUAAUUUUUAUACAAAUUAGGUGAAAGACGUACAGUCUUUUUUCAUAAAUUUUAAUCGCAAUACUGAACUAUAGCAUAUAGGAAUUUGGAACACAGAUUUUUGCUAGCAAAAUAAUAAGAUUCAAGAACUUCGUUCACCUGAAAAUUAAUCAAAGCAUAAUACUAACUUAACUUUUUAGCUAUAAAUUCCUUCAACCUAUUGCUCGAUGGAAUGCUUUAUGUAAUUGGAGUUACAGCACUUCUUGAUGUAUCAUAAAUUCGGUAAUGCCUUACUUUUCUCAUCGACUUAAAAUCUGAUCAAAGUAUAAGUUUUAAAGUUGCUUGAUAGUGUUGCAAAGGAUGAUUGUAUUUAAUUUCCUACAUAUGGACAAGAGAAAAAUAAGGCACAUUCUUUCUACUGUGUCUUGGAUGGUGAAGGAUUAGGGACGAAUUGAAGUUGGAUUAUUGAAUUUAUAGGGAAAUGGAGUCAUUGAAUUUUAUAACAUAAUCAUUGCUGAAUAGAUUGGUGGAUCUGUAAACAGCGAAUGAAUGGUUGUUAUACCUGUAAUGCAGAGACUAUUCCAGGUUUCAUAUUUUCUUCUGAUGCAUUUAGACCUGACAAAAGUUGCCAUUGAUUCGAAACAUUAUAAUUAUCAAUAUUCAUUUGGAUAGUAACCAGGUCAAGAUUCAAUAUUUGUGACUAACAAAUCAAUCAUAACAGCUAAUGAAGAUACAAAAAUUGUGGUACAAAAUUAAGAACAUCACAAGUAUGAUAAUAUAAAUUUGUUAGUCGCAAGCGUUGAAACCAGGUGCUACUCGAGGUGUUGUAAAAUCAAGCUUGAGGUCGCUUCAACUACACAAAAUUGAGGUAACGGGCAAACUCAGGACCAAAUCGCGUUCCAUUUAGAUACUACAUAGAAUUUAAAAAUUGGAGCUGCAAAAUAGUACACUAAAUGAAGUGAUUUUCGCUGAACCGCAACACACCUCAAUUACCGUUGUUAAAUUAUAUGAUUUUACUGAUAUAUUACACAUAAGAAGUGUAACACGUGUUAUUGCAUCUCAUUGGGUAUUCUGCGCAUGUAGCGACCUGGAAUACACUAUCCAGAUUUCCUAACAUUCUUUGAAAUGUGAAUUGCAUAAAAUAGUGCCGCUGCAGCAGGAUUUUAGCGAAAUAAAUGUGCUAGGAGAAUAUGUGUGUUUUUAUCCGAGUGAAGUUGUAUUAUAAUACUAUAUUAUUACUACUUAUGAUAUCCAUUGCGAGUCGUAAAUUGGCAUCCUGUAAAUUAAAACUGAUCACAACUAAAUAUUGUUGUUCUUAGGAUUUGUCCUCAUCCUACCAAAUGAUAUCUAUCUCACGAUUGUGGUUCGUUAUUAGGCAUUUGUGAAAUGAUUGGAAAUAUUUUUACACGUAACAGUUUUUAUCUCAUAUACCUUUCAGUUACAAUAAAAGAAUUUCAGGAGGCCGUGUCUCAAUUUACAAAGAAAACGUUAAAAAAAAUGCGCAAACAAAACCACAGUAUUUUGCUAUCCAUUGCUGAUCAAAAGUGACUUAUGUUUAGUUCUUAUACAAGUAUAGGUAUAUUGUAAACACUAUUUGUGAUAAGCUCGUGCAACUUAAAUUGGAGGGGGAAAAAAAUAAAAAUCUGCUGGAUAUCACCCUGAAGCAGCAAAGCUCAGUGAACGAAAUAUUCAUAAAUUGUGUAAAUGUAUGCACUCAUAUUAAAAAAAAUUAUCAUGGAACAAUUUUGUUAUGAGUUAAAUUUUUGAGCUCUCUAUUUUUGUUAUUUGAGACGUAGCCUACAACAAUAUUUUAUUUCUACUUGUACGACUGAAUAAUUCACUUGAUACUUUCUUCAAAUCUCAUUCCAAUUUCAAUCUGUAAAAGUAUGUUUAAAGAAACAAAAUAUUCCGUCUCAAUCCACUAAAAAUAUUGAAAACAAAAUGUGACUUCCAAUAAAUUUGACCGGACAAAUCUAGUAAAAUCUGCUUAUGAAAUUUCAAAACUAUUUUUCAAGUGAAAAAGUAUUUUUUUACUUCCGAAAAGGCAGGUAAGGUAUUCUGAAUAGUUUCUGGGUGAAAAAGAUAUGUUUUCAAAUCCAAUUUUUAUAAAUAUGUUGCCACUUCGUGAGUCGUUGGAUAUAUGAUUGUUAGAAUACACUGAAACUUGGAUUAGAUUGAUUUUUACACAACUAUUUGAAAUUCUCUUUUGUACUUAUAUUUUUUUCGGAAACUUUCAGCUCUUUCAGUAAAUUUAGUUAUUUUUGAUUUCGUACAACUUUUACCGCUGCUAUUAUAUUUAUUGUGUGGUGGGUGGAGUCAGGCUUGCAAGAGUGCGACAAGGUAGAUAAGCCUGAGCUGAACGCAUUUGAGUUCAACGGAUUUAAGUUAACAAAAAUUAAACAGUUGUGCUAGUAUAAUGUAUCAUACUAUAGGUCGACAGUUGCUCUGCUUGGUACAAUGGAGCCAUUACAGUAGUACCAUGCGUCCCAGGCUUUCAAGCGAAGCUACUGACGAUCUGUUUGUUUGAAGAGUGAUUGGAAAAUAAAGAAAAAUUUAGAUAACGUGA